UCUUCGCCGUUACCGGUAAUUGAAGAAGUCGACCAACAGCACCCCGUGUCGGAUCCAUUGAUCCUACCGACGACGCCACCGAAGAAGCUUCUACGUCUAAACGCCAGCGGCAAGUUUAGCUCUCCCAUCAGGCGAGAACCAAAGGAUGCCGCGGCGACCGAAAUCUCUUCGGAUGAGCCUAAACGGAAAGGCCGUUCGAGGAAAGCUAAACAGCCCGCAGAGCAGAAGACGCUCAUUGUUAAGAUACCAUAUGCUCAAGCUUCGUCUGCAGGACGCGACGUAGGUCAGGUGGUCCACCGCAUCCUGCAUGGCGAAGAAAGGGUUGAUGUACAUAACCAUAAACUCUCGCCAAAGAAGCCUCGAACCCCAAGGAAAUCUGGCAAAGCCACCCAUCCAUUCUUCGCGGGCAAGCCUAACGAGUUGCAACCAACAACGAAGCAAGAGUCUCCACGCAAGGCUUCCGCAACAACGCCGGGCAAAUUGAAAACGCAAAUCUGGAAUGAUCGCUUGUCUGCAGUCUCUUCCGUCAAAGAAGUGCCGUACGCUGUCGGCUCAGGCCUCCUCAAAGACCGGUUGAUCGUGAAGCAUCCGGGUGCGAAAGAACCAGCUUGGCCUGCGAAGGAGACUGCCCAUGUGCGAGGAGUCUCGAACGGCGAAAGCGCCUUGCCGCGCUUGACUACUGUCGAUGAGCAAUGGUUCAGCAGAACGCGCAAACGGAAAGCUGUCAAGCUACCUGUUCCUUCCGCAGAGUCAGUGCUUACAAGCUUUCGAGCUGAUCUGGUAGCUGAGCCAGAAACUGUUCUCAGGUCUGAUGGCUUCGAGGAGCCUCAUCGCUCCUUGCAAGUGCCUGACAAGCUGUUGAUCACUGGUGACCAGAUCCGCCAACGGAUAAGGCCGGAGAUUGCAGGCUUGCUCCCUGAUGACCUAGACAUUCCGGUGUCAUUGCCGUCUUCCUCAAUGCUUAGCCCUCAUCCCGCUCUGAGGAACAUCUGGGAUCGUAUCCCAACCACUUUGACCGCGUUUGACGAAAGCAGAGGCGAGAACCUGGGCUGGACACAUAAGUACGCUCCGUCGACGGCGGCAGAGGUACUUCAGCCUGCGCAAGCGAUGUCGGUGCUCAAGACCUGGCUCACCUCGCUUACGGUAACGGCGGUGGAAAGUGCACCGAGCGCUGCACCCAAGCCAUUGCCACAGGAGGGCUGUAGACCGAAGAAAAAGCGGCGAAGGAAACACGACGAGAUGGACGACUUUCUGGUGGACAGCGACGAAGAGAUCCGUAACAUGGACGAGCUUACAGAUCCUGGGGACGCCGGCACUGACGGGCCCCGCAACGGACACAAGUCGAUGGUGCAGGUCGCUCUCGAUGGAGUAAAGCUUAGCAACGCGGUAUUGCUAAGUGGACCGCAUGGCAGUGGAAAAACAGCGGCGGCUUAUGCGGUUGCGAGGGAGCAAGGCUUUAAAGUGUUCGAAAUCAGCCCGUCGGAGCGGCGUAGUGGCAAAGACAUUCUUGCUAGGGUUGGUGACAUGACGGAGAACCACCUUGUCAAACAUCAUGGCCUCGAUGCUGGCGAAGUCUCGUCUACUGAGGAGCCCAACAACGCGCGGCUUGAGGAAGAGUUCCAACGUGAUCUGGCUUGUGGCAGACAAGGCAAGAUGAACGCUUUUUUCAAGCCGCAAGCCAACACCAAGCCUACCGCGAAGAAGAAGCAGGCUGCAAGGUCGAAGACGCUGGAGGCUGUCAAGCAAACAUUAAGGAAGCCAUCGAAGGACCAGCAACAGUCUCUCGUCCUCCUAGAAGAGGUCGACAUCCUCUUCAAAGACGACAAGGAGUUCUGGAGUACCGUCCUCAAGCUGAUCGUUAGCUCCAAGCGUCCGUUCAUCAUGACAUGUAACGACGAGGACCUUGUUCCGCUGCAAGCGAUGAAUCUACAUGCUAUCCUGCGCUUCACUCCGCCAUCGGUCGACUUGGCCGCUGACUACCUGCUCCUUGUCGCUGCUGCAGAAGGCCACCUGCUGAAGCGCCAGGCAGUCUGCUCGCUGUAUCAAGCUAAAGGCAGAGAUCUGCGAGCGACGCUGACGGAGCUUGACUUCUGGUGUCAGAUGGGUGUUGGCGAUCCUCGAUGCGGGUUAGGCUGGCUCUACCAGCGCUGGCCGCCCGGCUCGGACGUGGACGAAACUGGGCGCAAGCUCAGGGUCGUCAGCGACGGCACUUAUCGCCAAGGCGUGGGCCUGGUUCACGGAACUGCAACAAGCGAGACAGACAAGACGUUGUGGUCUUGGCGCGAAUUUGGGCUCGAGCCUCUUGACUUCUUCAGCGAAUCGAACAAGAUACCCUCUGUACCGCAAAACCAAAGCAACCGCUACGCCAGCGUAAGACAGUAUGCAUGGCACGCAGGUAUAGUCAGUGCCCUUGAUACGUUUACAGCCGGAGAACUUCCGGAGACUGCACGACUGGAUACAACACAGCCUCAGAUUUGCGAUAAAGCGCGGAGACAGUAUGUGGAAGGUAUGCAACUUAUGCAGGUUGAUGAGCAUCCAGACUACUUCACCACGGGCAUGGAGAUGGUGGCAAGGGCUGUCCAUCUGCUGUCUGCGACCACAUCGCAUCAGUUGGACGACGGUCGUCUUCUGGACAUAGCCAUUGAGGCCAGAAGUGCCGGUUACGGCAAUGGUCAGCUUGAACGCCACCACUUUGCCGUCUUCGACGCCAUAUCGGCACCUGCAGAAUCAGCGCUUUCGACCGGUCCAGGUUUGCUACAGUCAGCGUUCGACGGACCAUUGGCGCCUGUUGCCGUCGACCUUGCACCUUAUGUACGCUCGAUCGUGCAAUAUGACCUUGCGCUCGAGGAACAACGUGAACGGCUUAGCCGUCUGCUAGAAAAUUCGGAUGGCCAGAAGAACAAGCGCGCAAGGACUACGAGGGCUGCACGCAGCGCACUCGAAGGUAGUCAGCGGGCUAGUACUCGGCGAGAAAGGUGGUUUACGAAGAUACUGGACUUGCAGGGUGUACUAUCAACUGGUGGUACAGAGUGGCCAAAGUGCCCGUUCGCUGCGCUAGACGACGGGUCCGUGGAGGGUUCGAGGGAGGACCAGUCUGAGGACUGA